UUCAUUCCUUUUCCGCCCGGCAUUGACGAGGGACGCAGUCGUACCGUGCGCCAUUGUGGUUAUACCAAGAGAGAAAUUAAGGUAGUUUGCGUUAAACUACAAGAAAAUGUCUCUACCGCGAGUUUUCUUGGAUGUGGCUGCCGACGGCAGUUCAAUGGGACGUAUUGUUAUUGAAUUGAGGACAGAUGUCACCCCGAAGACUUGUGAAAACUUCCGUGCCCUUUGCACCGGCGAGAAGGGCUUCGGUUACAAGGGCUCCACCUUCCACCGCGUCAUCCCCAACUUCAUGUUGCAAGGAGGCGAUUUUACUAACCACAAUGGCACUGGUGGAAAAUCCAUCUACGGUGAAAAAUUCGCUGAUGAAAACUUCGUCCUGAAGCACACCGGACCUGGUGUCAUGUCCAUGGCCAAUGCUGGCCCUAACACUAAUGGAUCCCAAUUUUUCAUCACCACCGUGAAGACUUCCUGGUUGGACGGCAGACACGUCGUCUUUGGAAACGUGGUUGAGGGCAUGGAUGUUGUCAAGCAAGUUGAAGCCUUGGGCUCCCAGUCCGGCAAGCCCUCCAAGAAGGUCACCAUCUCCGACUGUGGACAACUGUCCUAACUCGACUCCUCAGACAAUUAUGUAUUAAAAUUUAAUAUGAUAUCUUAAGUUUUAACAUAAUGUCCUCCCAAAUAUAAAACCUUCCCAGUCAUAAAGAGAAAUAUGAAAUAAAGUUAACUAAUGGGUCAUUCCAAUUACGUUAAGAAUUUAUAGCUGUGUUUAGGUCGCGACGACUUUAUUUCUGUGCAUUGUCUAUUCAUAAUAAAUUAACUUAUACAUAAAAA